CAGAGGCAGCUUCCCGAGGGCCCUGCACUGACCACGUCCCUUCUGUCCCCCAGGUGGGCCUUCCUGGAGCUUGGCACCAAUGGCGACUACAAUGACAGCCUGCAGGCCUAUGCGGCUGGCGUGGUGGAGGCCUCCGUGUCAGAGGAGCUCAUCUACAUGCACUGGAUGAACACCGUGGUGAACUAUUGCGGCCCCUUCGAGUACGAGGUCAGCUACUGCGAGAGGCUCAAGAGCUUCCUGGAGGCCAACCUGGAGUGGAUGCAGCAGGAGAUGGAGCUGCACCCGGACUCCGCCUACUGGCACCAGGUGCGGCUGACCCUCCUGCAGCUGAAGGGCCUGGAGGACAGCUACGAAGGCCGCUUGACCUUCCCCACUGGGAGGUUCUCCAUCAAGCCUCUGGGGUUCCUACUGCUGCAGAUCUCCGGUGACCUGAUGGACCUCGAGCCAGCCCUGAACAGGACGAAGACCAGGGAAGCCCUGGGCUCCGGCUCCUGCUCCGCUCUCAUCAAGCUGCUCCCCGGCCAGCAGGACCUGCUUGUGGCCCACAACACGUGGAACGCCUACCAGUACAUGCUGCGCAUCCUGAAGAAGUACCAGCUGCAGUUCCGGGAGGGCCCCGGAGAGAACCACACCCUGGCUCCAGGCAACAAGCUGGUCUUCUCAUCCUACCCGGGCACCAUCUUCUCCGCCGAUGACUUCUACGUCCUGGGCAGCGGGCUGGUCACCCUGGAGACCACCAUCGGCAACAGGAACCCAGCCUUGUGGAAGUACGUGCAGCCCGAGGGCUGCGUGCUCGAGUGGGUGCGCAACACUGUGGCCAACCGCCUGGCCGUGGACGGGGCCAGCUGGGCAGAUGUCUUCAAGAGGUUCAACAGUGGCACGUAUAACAACCAGUGGAUGAUCGUGGACUACAAGGUGUUCAUCCCCAGCGGGCCCCGCCUGGACAGUGGGGUGCUUACCAUCCUGGAGCAGAUCCCGGGCAUGGUGGUGGUGGCUGACAAGACUGCAGAGCUCUACGAGAAGACCUACUGGGCCAGCUAUAACAUCCCGUCCUUCGAGUCUGUGUUCAACGCCAGCGGGCUGCAGGCCCUGGUGGCCCAGUACGGGGACUGGUUUUCCUACAGCAAGAGUCCCCGCGCCCAGAUCUUUCUGCGGAACCAGUCGCUGGUGCACGACCUGGACUCCAUGGUGCGGCUGAUGAGGUACAACGACUACCUCCAUGACCCCCUGUCACGGUGCGCAGCCUGUGACCCGCAGCCCAACGGGGAAAACGCCAUUUCCGCCCGCUCCGACCUCAACCCGGCCGACGGCUCCUACCCCUUCCCGGCGCUGCGCCAGCGCUCACACGGAGGCAUCGACGUGAAGGUGACCAGCAGGUCGCUGGCCGCGGCGAUGAGCCUGCUGGCCGUCAGCGGCCCCACGUGGGACCAGGUGCCCCCGUUCCAGUGGAGCACCUCGCCCUUCCGCGACACGCUACACAUGGGCCACCCCGACCUCUGGAAGUUCGCGCCCGUCUGGGUAUCGUGGGACUGAGGCGCCGUGGCUGUCGCUGCUGCCUUGUCUGUGGAGCCAGGCAGGGCCCUCACAGCCCGUCACGGCUGGGUGUCUGUGGUGGCGGACUACUCAGCCCCUUGCGCUGUGCAGUCUCUGCUCCUCUGGCCUGUGUCCCCUCCCUGAGGGCAAAGUGGAAGACAAAGGGAAACCAGAGCUCCUCUCCUGCAGGACUGGUGGAGUGUCGGGAGUGUCGCCUGUCACUCCUGCCUCAGCCGGCCCUUUGUAGGAUCCCAUCGUGGACUGCGCCACCAUUAAACAUGACAGGCUGUG